CACUCGCACCACUGGCCAAUAUUUCCCACGCUUCGUCGCAUCAUUUUGUGAUCCAGCCUAUCCCUUCACCCAGUGGUCCCGGCGUUGCUCCAAGCGCCCCGAGAGAAACUCAAAUCACUUCACUUCCGUUUAUAGCAUUCACCGACAGCACACCCGUCCUACGUGCAACCCCUUCCGGAACAUUAUCCGUGGAAAUGGACGUUGUACGCAAUUUAGGGGUGGAGAUGGCAUUCUGGGUGUCUGUCUCUCUUGCAUUUCUAGAGUUUCUUAGAGACCGUGACGUGAGUAUUUUCCCAACGAUCACUCCAGCUCUUGCUAAACCAUGUCUUCAAAGGUGGGCGAUUCGGGCCUUGCGUUUAUUCACCGUACCCUUACCCGGCUAUGAAACGGUGCACAUGAGAGUUGAAUUGGGCGAUAGAGUCCACCUCGCGAAGCUAAGGAAGCAUACCCUUUCAUUUCCAGUCAAAAUUUACCAUAUCAAUUUGA